UUUUUUUUAUUAUCAACCAACAUAUUUUACAUUAAUAUAAGCAUACAAUAAAAAAAAAGAACUUCUCCUAGUUAUUCAAUGAGAAGUAUUGCCACAACCUAUUCAACACUAUUUUCAACUAUUUCUUCAUUAUUUCAUCCUCCAAUUAUUCUUUCUAAUUAAUUAAAAAUAUUAUCAAAAAUGGCUAAUUUCCCUACUUGGAUCAACAAAAACAAAUCAACAAUCAAUAACAGCUCUAAUCUCUCCCCAAGACAAGUGGCCAAUAAGGCGUAUUCUCUGGCCAUCAAGAAAUUGGAUAAAGAUGAUAAAAGACGAAGACCCCAAUACACUGUACGUGAAAGACUCUUGCUAUCCAACACCAUGACAAGAGCCGAAGAUUUAUUAAACAAGCGCACAAGCCGUCUCAAUCGUAGAGUCUUGGCUGUUGAGCACGAGGAAGAAGUUGUUUCUUCUCCUAUUCAUACUCCUCCUCCACCACCACUUCCUGCCGCAUUAUUACCACCAUCACCAUCACCACCAGUAGCAGCACCUGCACCUGCACCUACACAUGCACCUACACCUGUACCAUCAGUACCUGUGAUGACUGCUCCUACCGCAAUGGCCGUCGUCGUCGUCAAGAAUGAUGAGGUGAUGGUUACACCAGCUCAGAUCAAGCAUAAUGAGUCACGCAUGAUCACUCCAGAACAGAUCGCUGUCUCUUUGGCUGUGGUGGCUGUGGCGGCUUACUCUUCAUUGUCCGCAGAACAAAACACCACCGCAGAUUUUUUCAGUGAUGAGUAAAAUUUCUUAAUUUGAACGUUUGUGUAAGGGAGGAUGAAAAAAUUGCCUUAUAAAGAAUUAUAGUGUAACGGUUUAUUUUUAAAUAAAUUAUAUUUUUAAAAAUAAAAUACUAGAA